AUGGACUAUAUAUGCAUGCUCAAUGCUUUUGAGCAAAAUUAUUAUAAUCGUAUCAAGGAAUUUGAGAGAGUUGCAGCUGCCGCGUCUGCAGCAGCAGCUCAUGGCAAUUUAAGGAAUAACUCCUCUUCAUCAUCUUCCUCGUUAUCAUCGUCUGCCUCAACGGCAUCUUCAUCGACUGCGUCGUCGCCAUUAUCUGCAUCAUCAUCAUCGCCCACAGGCGUUACUUCAUUCGCAACCUCUUCAACUACUUCAAGCUCCGUUCCUAAUAGCAAUCAAUAUAAUCAACAACAACAUUUUGCGGCAUUUGCACAUUCAUCAACAGCGGCAGCUGCAGCUGCUGCUGCUGUUGCUGCUCAACAACAUUUACAACAAUUACAGCAACAACAUCACCAACAUAACCAACUCUUCCAACAAAACCAACAUCAUCAACAAUCUGCUGCAAAUCAAAACAAUUCUAAUGUUGCCAAUAGUUUGCUGUGGCAACCGUGGCGUGAUUUGCAGCAAGCAGCUGCUGUGCAUCAUCGUUUGUAUCAACAACAGCAACAGCAACUGCAAAAAGAAGCUCGUUUAACAUCAAAAGAACUUCCUACAUCAAAAUGGCGUCGGGAACGUCGUUUACGUACCGCUGAAUAUCAUGUUGCCGCACUGGGUGCAGCUUCAUCAUCAACUACUUCACCACCUAAUUCACCACCACCAACAAUUUCAGCACAUACAAAUAUUUCACAUGCAAGCCCAGGUGUUUCAUCUGUAUUACCGCUCUCGCAUACACAAAUGUCCAUAAUGAUGGCUGCAGCGGCGCCUUCAAUACGCCCACUCAGUGAAUCAACAAAUCGUCCAACACCGCCACCAACCUCACCAACACCAACGCUACAUAUGAAUCAUUUGCAACAUAGCAUGGAAAGUCCUAUUGAUAUGUCUGUAACUUCAACAACUAUGAAACGUUCUUCACCACCUCCACCAUACCGAGAGCCAUUACCCGGGUCUACUUAUGCAACUUCCCUAGCUAGACCAAGUGUUAUAACGCAAGCACCACCCAAACGUGGCGGUGAGUUGUGCGAUAAUAUUUUAAUUUCAAAUCGUGAGAACGAUAAUCGCAGCACUGAAUCAAUAUCGAUGUGUGAAACUGUUAUUGAUGAACAUUUUCGACGUUCACUUGGUCCCGAUUAUGUUGCAUUGUUCGCUAAGAAAGCUUCUGCGCCCAAUUCUACUACUCCAUCACCACAACCAACUUACCUAUCCAAUACAACAAACUCAACACCAACACCACCACCACAAUCAAAUGCACCACUGCCAAUAUCAUAUCAACCACAACCACUAAUAUCGCCAAAACCAACUGCCAUACUUCUGGCAGCAUCUGCAAUUGUAAAUCAAACAAGAUCGGAGCCAAUAACUACACGUACAGAAAAGACUCAACAACAUGUAACUACAACUAGCAAUGUACCAGGGCACAUUUCCGCACAGCAGCUACCUUUGCCAAUGCAACAUUCUAAUGCACCUCAACCAAAUGCGCCAAACUCACCACAACCCUUAAAUGCUACAAGAAAAGUUGCUUCACCAUUAAAUUUACACGGAUCCAAUGAAUUACACUCAACUACACAUUCUCCAGCUGCUUCUCCACGUCACUCUCCCACUGUUAAUGUGUCAACUGGAAAAUCUAAUUCAAAUUCGGUGGUGGUUUCUUCCUCGACCACACAAGCGACUGUGCCGGCUGUUAUGCGUAUUAAAACUGAACCUGGUUUUAGUACUGCAGGCACUACAACACCGCCUGCUUCGCCAACAUCAUCUUCAUCCAAUAAUUCCUUUACUACCAAUUCUGAUAUUUUGGCUUCUGUGGACGAUCAUUUCGCCAAAGCUCUGGGCGAUACUUGGAAAAAACUUCAGGAGAAUAAAGAAAUGCGCAAAUAAAGUGGAUACUUUUAGCUGGCUAAUGUAACAAUUUUAUUUUACCUUUCUGAAACAUAUGAACAUUAAUAGACAAUACAAUACAGAAGUUCUGAAAUACUCUCUACAUAUGCAACAAAUUUGGAGUGCGUAACUACAGUUAGACAUUCUCCACAUCUCUAAUACUCUUAUAGGUACUAAAACAGUGUUAAGUGGAAAGCGUUGGGAAAAUUUAAAUGUGUUUUUAGUAGAUUUACUGUUCGGAAAGUAUUCUCUUUAAAAAUUAAUUUCUUCGUCAUAAUUGUAUUAAAAACAAUAUUUAAUUUAAAUUUU